GUCACAAAGUGUGCACCAAAAUAGAUUUAAGGGCCUCUUUUGUUUCUCUUUGUGUCCUGUUUCUGGGGCUCUCUGUAGUAAACACAUGUGAGUCAGUGUGAGUAGAGUCAGUGUUGGUCGAGGUGCACUGAGUCAGGAGCAGAACAUGUUCGUCACUAUCCUGCACGGAGACAGCAGGAUGGAGAUAUUAAAUCUCAACUGUAAGCUGAUAAACUUCAUCCAUCAUUUAAAGCAGCGAUGCGGUCUGGAUUUCAAAGAGUGCGUGGAGCUGAUGGACGGCGGUGGGAAAGUGAUGGAUUUGGAGGCGAAGCAGCAAAGUGUCGCUCUGGCCAGCAGCGUGCUGACGGAGAGACAACACUACUUCCUGCUGAGAGUGUGCAGAGAGGAUGAUGCUGCAGGUCAGAAAUAUGUUUCUCUCCUGAACCCCUGCAGACAUCCAGAGAUAACAGAGCUGCUGAGGAAACUGUCUAACCCCGAUCAGGAGCAAGAGAAGAAGACGAGAGGACGGACGCAGAGGAGCAAACACAUCUCUGCAAACAACAAGAACAAACAAAUCAAAUAGUUUAUUAAAGUCAGAGGUGGAAGAAGUACUCACAUGUUGAACGUUUUGUAAAACUAGCUAUACUACAGCGUAAAAAGUAAGAGUCCUGCAUCAAAAUAUACUUUAAGUACAAAAAAAUACAGAUUAUGCAUAAUUACCCAUUUUAGAAUAAUAUAUUUUAUACUAUUUUAUUAUCAUUAAUGAUGAAUUAUUGAAUGUGGAGUUUAUACUUACACUGCUUGGUAGUUGUACCUUUAAUACAAUAUAAUUAUGAGGUGAUUUACAUAUUUUAUGAAGCUAUCAAAGACACAUAGUGGAGAAAAAAUUACAAUAUUUGCUCUGACAUGUAGACGAGUAGAAGUAUAAAGUAGAAUAAAGUGAAAAUAUUCAAGUACCUCAAAUGUGUACCUGCACUUGAGUAAAAUUACGUAUUCCCUGUUGGAUUGUUGUUUAUUUUGUUAUGUGUUUUAUGGUAUAGUGUUUUGCAAUGUGUGAUGUUUUUUAUAUAUAAAGGGAAUUCAUGUGUUUACUUUUUACAUAAUGCAAUUGUACAAAAUGUUCAUGCAAAAACUGAUAAAUAAAGUUUAUUUAAAAACAA